ACAUCAAUCACUGGAAAACUGAACUGUGCUGAAUUUAUGUGUCUGUGGAGAAAAGUUACCAUGUACAAGGUAAAUUCAUUUGCAAGUGUGGUAAAAGGAUAUUAAAGAACUCAUUACUAGUUCGAAUUUUUCAAGAAUAUAAAUUACCUGAAAAUAUUCUUACAUCUUCCAGGAUAUCUUCUUCCGUUCAGAUGUGGACCGUUCUGGAAUGUUGUCAUUGAGUCAACUGAGGAACUCAAUCAUGGCUACAGGUAACUUUUGCCUAGACCAACAAACAUGGCCUGCCACUGACCUUAGAUAACCGUACCUGCUUACAGGGCCUAAAAUAUGAUCACCUAACUAGCACUCUCCCACUGACAUCAAUGCACGAUUGAAGAGUUAGGAUUGUCAAAUUAGGAUGAGCAGAUGGGAUUAGAGUAACCUCUGCAAUUACAACUAAACAGCAGUCUGUUUUAUUAGUCAGAUGUAUGGGAUACACAUGGUAACACCGUCUAACGAGAUGCUUACUUGCAGGUUCCUUCUCCUCAAUGCAACAACAAUAAGAAAUAAUAAAAAUAUAUAAAACUAGGAACAUAAAGUAAAUGGCUCAGUAGAAUAGAAUAAACAUUUAAGCAUCAGUAUAAUACAGGAAGGCACAAUUUAUAGUCCAAUAUUUACAUGUGGUUUGGGGAAGGAGGAAUUGGGGGCAAGUGUUUAAAUUGUGCAGUAUAUAGCAAUCAUAAUAAGAGAGUCUGGUGUUAAGGUGAGGAGAAUCAGAGCAGGUGGUCAGUCCAGUUGGAGUGUUCAGCAGUCUGAUGGCUUGUACAUAGAAACUGUCUCUGAGCCUGUUGGUAUCAGACCUCAUGCUCCGAUACCAUCUAACGGACUGUAAGGGAGAGAACGGCUCGUGGCUGCGGUGUGUUGGGUCCUUGAUGAUGCUGCGGGCCUUCCUCAGGCACCGUUUCAUGUAGAUGUCCUAGAUGGGGUGGAAGCACGGUCCCAGUGAUGUACUGGGCCGUCACCACCCGCUGGAGGGCCUUGCAGUCAUGGACGGAGCAAUUCCCGCACCAGGCCACGAUGCAACCGGUCACGACACUGUCAGUUGUGCAGCGGUGGAAUUUGGAGAGAAGCCAAGGAGUCAUUCCAAAUUUCUUCAGCAGCCUUUGAAGUAGAGACGCUGUUGCGACCUCUUGACAAGAGUGGUGGUGUUGUUGGUCCAUGUCAAGUCCUCGGUGAUGUAGACGACGAGGAACUUAAAACUGCUGACUCUCUCUACUGCAGUCCCGUUGAUGUGGAUCGGGGCAUGUUCCCUCGUUUGAUUCCUGAAGUCAACAAUCAACUCCUUUGUUUUUCUGACAUUGAGGGAGAGGUUGUUGACCUGGCACCACAAUGCCAGUUCACUUACCUCCUCCCUAUAGGCUGACUCGUUGUUGUUGGUUAUCCGGCCUACAACCGUGAUGUCGUCAGCAAACUUCAUGACGGAGUUGGUGUCGUGCCAACCCACACAGUCGUGGGUGAACAGGGAGAGUCAGUGUGGAGGAGGUGUUGUUUCCAAUCCUCACAGCCUGUGGUCUGCCCAUCAGGAAGUCCAGGAUCCAGUUGCAUUGGGUGUUGUCCAGACCCAGGGCUCUGAGCUUGGUGUCGAGUUUGGAGGUAACAAUAGUGUUGAAUGCUGAACUACAGUCUAUGAACAGCAUUCUCACAUAGGUGUUCCUCUUGUCCAGAUGUGUUACGGCCGUGUGAAUAGCGAUGGACAUGGAAUCUUCCGUGGAUCUGCUGGAGCGGUAGGCAGAUUGGAGUGGGUCCAGUGUGCCUGGCAUGAUGGCCUUGAUGUGGGUCAUGACCAGCAUCUCGAAUCACUUCUUUAUGACCAGGGUGAGAGCGACGGGGUGAUAGUCAUUGUGUACCUUGUUUUUCUUGGGCACUGGGACGAUGGUGGUCUCCUAAAAGUAGGUGGGGACUAGAGCCUGGGACAGGGACAGGUUGAAGAUGUCCGAGAGGAUGCCCGCCAGCUGGUCAGCACACAGUCUGAGGACGCGGCAGGGAUGCCUUCUGGGCCGGAGGCUUUGUUGAGUAUUCACUCUUUUGAGAGUUUUCCUCACGUCAGUCUUGGUGAGAGAAAGACCCUGGUUGUCCGGAGCAGCCAGAGCCUUCCUGGAUGGCUCGGUAUCGUCUGCCUCGAAGCGAGCAUAUCAUGUGUUAAGCUCGUCUGGGAGGGAGGCUUUGGUGGGCACCGCACAGCUGGAUUUGCCUUUGUAGUUCUGUGAUCCUUGCCAAAUUGGUCGCGAGUCAAGUUCAAUUCAAAUUUGAGUCUUAUUGUCUUUUUUUUUUCCCCUAAUGGAUUUGCAGAGCUCGUACCUGCUUGCCUUGUACUCGCCGCGCGCCAUCGAGUCAUCAGGGUUUGUUCUGCUGACAUUGAAUACUGCAGUACGGGAUCUCAGCAUGGUACGGAUAUCUCCGUUCAUCCAGGGUUUUUGGUUGGGGUAUGUCCGGAUUGUUAUUGUGGCUACAACAUCAUCAACACAUUUCCUAAUGACUGACAAUGUAUAUUCCCCAAUGUUGAUGAAUGAGACCUUGGUGGAUGAAUCUUUGAACAUAUUCCAGUCAGUAUUCUCGAAACAGUUCUACAGCAUUUGUUCUUGUGGGGCAGGACACAUUUUGGUGAUUUUUUGGGGAAAAAUGUGUUUUAAACGUGCUUGGUUAAAAUCAUCUGCGACAAUAAAUACUGCUUCCGGGGGAGAGGACUUUGCUGGGUAAUGAUCUUGUAUAGUUCGCUGAGUGCCGACUUGGUGUUUGCGUGUGGCAGUGUGUGGCAGUAUGUACACAGCUUUGAUAACACACGUGAAUUCCCUCGGCAUAUAGUGGGGGCGGUAUUUUAACAUCAGAAACUCCAGAUUGGAUGAACAUGAGCUCGAGAUCUUUUCAACUUCGGUACACCAGGAAUUGUUGAUGAGGAAACAUACCCCUCCCCCCUACUCUUAACAGAAGCCGCCACUCGAUCCAUACAGAAAAUGGAAAAGCCAUCUUGUUGAAUGUUGUGGCAAAUUCGUCCUUAUACUAAUCAAAGAACCAAAGUAUUUCAGAGUUUUUGUAGAAUUAAGAUAGACUUUAUCACAUACGUAAUAGAGCCGAGGUGGUUUGCAAAACAUCUCCCUUCUACCUCUCAGCUCUUAGUUUAUAUAGUCCUAUUUACAUACAUUUUAGCUUAAAACCCCUCCCUCUUGGGUUCCCCCACCACUGUUGGUGGUGUGACCAAUCAAGCUUUGUCAUGCACAAAUAACAGCCCUGUCAUAUAAAAAUAAUAAUGUUCAGUUUGAACUUUGUUAAACCCUGGCUCAAUCUGGCUUGACCUGGAGAUUGAUUGUGGACAACAUGGCAGGCCCACAAUCAAUCUCUCAAACAUACCCAAGCCAAACCCCUCUGUCCCAGCCCGUCACGCUAUAAUUGAAUCAGGAAGACGCUCAAGGAGAGACAAACCGUUCAGCCUGGUUUCAGUCACUGAUAAGAUAAGACAACCGAAGACAGGUCAGAUGACCAGAGAACAAACACAUGAACCCAGUGAGAGAAACCAAUUACGUUCUUGCCUAGAAACAGAGAUGUAUCAAUAUUUAACCCUGGCUCUGUGUUUGUUGAUUAACCAUGUCUAUCCCAUAGUCCACUGAAAAAUCAUAUCAUAUAUGGUUAAAAUCUAACAGAGCUAUUUCCUGGCUCUGUUUGACAAUUCCCUGAGCUAUUUCCUUGCUCUGUUUCAGGCCUCUUCUUGUCAUGUUGUGAUUAACUAUUUAACCAUACAUUGUUAGCUUGUCAUGAUGUAAUUAACAAUGCUUACUAUGCUUAACUGGAAAAAACCACAUCAAUCCCUCCUCUGGGACUUAAUAGAUACAUCAAAAUACUUCACAUGUAUAUAGUGACUAAUAUAUGAAUACUGUGACAUAAAAAUCAACAUGUUCAUGAUAUAAGGCACAAUCCUUGCAUUAAGAUCAUAUUUUUCAAACAGUAAGAUUCUAAAGUUUCUAAUUGAAAUAAACCAUGUAAGUGUAUCCUAACACAUUAAAACUAAUGUAGCGUUGUUUAAACCAUAACAUCUAUUUAAGGAAAUUAUCUUAUGAUUGUAUAAGCAAUACCAGGGCAUGCUGAGAAUAGUGUCAACAUCUUUAGCUCACAUAAUUUCUUUACCCAUGUCACACGUAGUAUAACAAUGAAAAUAAUCAAUAUCAAUAUCUAGUACAUUAACUGCAGUGUCAACAUCUUUAGUUAUUAACAUACAGUAUAAUUAUCCAUAAUUCUAGUAUAAGCUUCCUCAUAAGGAGAAUAACUACAGAUCAGUAUCUCAAUGCAUUCUUAGUCUAAAUUACUAUAAAUGUAGCAGUGUGUAGGCCUCCUUAAUCAACCUGAUACCCCAAAUAAGAAACCCUUCCUUCCCCGGCACUCAAUCUUCUGGCGUCUCUUCAUUAUGUUCUUCAGAUAGCUUCAUAGUUCAACUUGGAUUGGCCAUGACAAUGUCCCAAUUUCAAUGUCUCACCUGAGCCGCCACCACCUCUACCCCCAUUAUGUUUUGUCCAUUUGCCAACCAGUAUACCAGCAUCAUGAGAUAUGUUGUAUUUGAGCAGAUCUGUCUUCAUGAGAGAAAAGGCAGUUGAUAGCUUUGAUUGGAUGCUGGUUCUGAUUCAGGUCUCUUGGUAGAAGUGGUGCUGGACAGGACCCUAUUCAACGCCUUUGUUGCUCCUCUUCAGCCGGUUAGAGGUUUUUAUUUAUUUAUUGAGGUUCACACCGUUCUUGACCGAAUGAUCCCUGUUAUGCAUGAAGACACCAUCUGUAGUAACCUCGAGAGAGGACAGAUCAUAACAGUUUAGUUGAGUUCAUUUCCAAUCCCAAAAAUUCCAUAUAAGCAUUGACUAUAUGACAAAUUAUUUUACCAAUUAUUCUUAAUACCAAUUUCUAAUAUACUCCCCUUAUCACGCUGUCGACUCCACCGCAGAGUCACAGGAUCAGCAAGUUAGAUCUCAAUUUCUGUCAGGGGAACUAGACAAAGACAGAUAAAUCAAUGGUGGGGAAGUCAGGUGAUUCUUGAAGGUCUGGAAGAUGUUGAAAUUCUUGAAUGUUCUUGGAGGUCUGUCCCUCCUGUGCCUCCCUCGAGGGAAUCAGCCAGCGCACGUAGCUCAUCAGUAGCAUUCCCAUUGCCAUCCUCCCCCAUUUCCUGAUCCUUGUCAGCUCCAGCAUCCUCAGCUCCCUCAUCUCUAGGUCGUCGGUUUCCUCGUGGUACUCUGGUGCAGUGGUUUAGAUGAUACCAGGUCGAGCUCCCCUCUAUCCGUACAGCCAUCGGUGCAGCCUGGGUGAUGACGUAUGGUCUCUUUGGCUCGGGACCUUCUUCCGUCACUAGGGUCUCCGGAUCAGGCAGAGUCCCUCUCAAUCCAUCGACAUCAGUUUGCGGAGAGUGUCCUUCUGGCAGCGUAUCAAUAGGGAAGCUCGUAAUCACUACUGCAAAGACACACAGACACAGACAGACACAAAAGAAAACCAUGCUACCCAAUGGCGGGGCCAUGUUCCUCUUCUGGGGUUGGAACUCUCCUACAGUGGGACACAUGGAUCUAAGUAUCUGUCUCUGCCACUUUCACCGUCAUUGAGGUAGCCAGCAAUACCUGGUAUGGGCCUCUCCACCUAGGGUCUUUCCAGCUCUUUCUUCUGUAGUCUUUUACCGCCACAAAGUCUCCAGGGUGCAGACAAUGCUCAGAUUCUCCUGCUCGGUUGGGCAAAGAAGCCUUCACCCGUGGGAAGAAAGUCUUAAGAACAUUGUUAGGUGAGACACAGUAUGCUACUUUACCAUGUCUUCUCAUCAGUCAGGAGAAGCCUUGCAAUUUUGAAGUGCACAUUCUUGCAGCUUGUUGCAGUCCACUAGUUUCAGAGACAGGUCCCCUUUGUACUUUGUCUCUGGCCACAAAUAUAUUUGCACAUAACACAUUCCAUCUAACCCAUAACACAUUAAUUACUACUGCUGAUAUUCUUAAUACAAUUUUCGUAUUUACCAAAAGGCCCCAGGGGACCAGUAAUUCCCCCCUUUGGACACGACUCACAUCGUGAUUCAUGCGGUCACAACAUUGCCUGUUAAACCAAAAUAAUAAAUUAGAUAAUAAAUUAGAAUGACAACCUUUGAUAAUAUCUUAACUUAAUUGUAUCCCAUAAGGUAAUUCAAGUAAAUAGUAAAAUUGACAAAUUUCCCUCAUUCAAGGCUAGCGCUCUUUCUCUGUCCUUGUCAAGGCUAUGAACUAUAACCUCCUUCAUAAUUAUCAGUGUUUACAUAUUACAUUAAAUCUCACUCAAUGAUUUAGAGUCUCUAGUGAGGGUGAUCAGGCCUCACCAGAAAGUCAGAACAGAGAUCUGAGGUCAUUCAAAUCCUUCAAAGAAGUGUUUCAUUCUAUAGUAGACUAAUCAUUAACAACAGUCAAAACAUUUCAUAAAUGUUGUAUCCGAAGUUGUACAGUAAGUCUUCAGUACAGUUAUUUUCAAAAUAAAUCAUGUGUUUACUUAAAACUCACUCAGAAAAACCUCCAUGUGUGUGCCCCUUUAAGAUACAGUUGAAGUUGGACGUUUACAUACACCUUAGCCAAAUACAUUUAAACUCAGUUUUUCACAAAUCCUGACAUUUAGUCCUAGUAAAAAUUCCCUGUCUUAGGUCAGUUAGGAUCACCACUUAAUUUUAAGAAUGUGAAAUGUCAGAAUAAUAGUAAUGAUUUAUUUCAGCUUUUAUUUCUUUCAUCACAUUCCCAGUGGGUCAGAAGUUUACAUACACUCAAUUAGUAUUUGGUAGCAUUGCCUUUAAAUUGUUUAACUUGGGUCAAACGUUUCAGGUAGCCUUCCACAAGCUUCCCACAAUAAGUUGGGUGAAUGUUGGCCCAUUCCUCCUGACAGAGCUGGUGUAACUGAGUCAGGCUUGUAGGUCUCCUUGCUCGCACACACUUUUUCAGUUCUGCCCACAAAUGUUCUAUAGGAUUGAGGUCAGGGCUUUGUGAUGGCCACUCCAAUACCUUGACUUUGUUGUCCUUAAGCAAUUUGCUUGGGGUCAUUGUCCAUUUGGAAGACCCAUUUGCGACCAAGCUUUAACUUCCUGACUGAUGUCUUGAGAUGUUGCUUCAACAUAUCCACAUAAUUUUCCUUCCUCAUGAUGCCAUCUAUUUUGUGAAGUGCACCAGUCCCUCCUGCAGCAAAGCACCCCCACAGCAUGAUGCUGUCACCCCCGUGCUUCAUGGUUGGGAUGGUGUUCUUCGGCUUGCAAGCAGCACCCUUUUUCCUCCAAACAUAACGACAGUCAUUAUGGCCAAACAGUUCUACUUUUGUUUCAUCAGACCAGAGGACAUUUCUCCAAAAAGUACGAUCUUUGUCCCCAUGUGCAGUUGCAAACCGUAGUCUGGCUUUUUUAUGGCGGUUUUGGAGCAGUGGCUUCUUCCUUGCUGAGCGGCCUUUCAGGUUAUGUUGAUAUAGGACUCAUUUUACUGUGGAUAUAGAUACUUUUGUACCUGUUUCCUCCAGCAUCUUCACAAGGUCCUUUGCUGUUGUUCUGGGAUUGAUUUGCACUUUUCGCACCAAAGUACGUUCAUCUCUAGGAGACAGAACGCGUCUCCUUGUUUGGAAAUUGCUCCCAAGGAUGAACCAGACUUGGGGAGGUCUACAAUUUCUUGAGGUCUUGGCUGAUUUCUUUUGAUUUUACCAUGAUGUCAAGCAAAGAGGCACUGAGUUUGAAGGUAGGCCUUGAAAUACAUCCACAGGUACACCUCCAAUUGACUCAAAUGAUGUCAAUUAGCCUAUCAGAAGCUUCUAAAGCCAUGACAUCAUUUUCUGGAAUUUUCCAAGCUGUUUAAAAGGACAGUCAACUUAUUGUAUUUAAACUUCUGACCCACUGGAAUUGUGAUACAGUGAAUUAUAAGUGAAAUAAUCUGUCUGUAAACAAUUGUUGGAAAGAUUACUUGUGUCAUGCACAAUGUAGAACUUGCUAAAACUAUAGUUUGUUUACAAGAAAUUUGUGGAGUGGUUGAAAAACGAGUUUUAAUGACAACCUAAGUGUUUGUAAACUUCCGACUUCAACUGUACUAGGAAGAGGAGGUCGUGUAGCCCAUCUUUUUAGCCUAGCUUUGAGUCCCCCUCUUCCUUGUUCGCCGCAAGCAACCGAUAAGCCCAUGUGCGGGGAACAAAGGAGCGAAUAGAAUAUUUCAGAUCUGGGAGGCUGAGAGAUAAAAGUGUGUAGCUUCGGAUUCAUGAUCCAGAAGUGUUUCUCAGUCCUAGGAGAUUAUUGCACAAACAUUCUGAGCCCAAAACAUGUAUAAUUAAUGCAAGAAUAGCCAUAAAAAAGCAAAGUUGAGCAGGAACCGUCAAGACACGCUCCCUCCUCAGGGCCUCCAUCUUAAUACCUGUGAAAUAACUGUGGAAUAAAGGUGUGAGGCAUGUCUGUCUUCCACAGGGAUCAGGCUGAGUGAUAAUCUGCUGAACCUCAUUGCUCUGCGCUACGGUGGAUCUUCCGGAAACAUCAGCCUGGAGAGUUUCAUCAGCCUCGUCCUACGCAUGGACCGCAUGGCCAGUAAGUCCACAACUAAAAUUAAAGGGGACCAAUUUUAUUUCACUGGGAUUUUUCAUUUUCCAUCUGUCGCAUUUUAAUGAGCAUUUACAGUUUACAGUUAGAGAAAUAGUUGAAAAGACAACACAUAUUUCGCCUUUUUGAAUGGCUUUCAUGGCACUCACAGGCUGAUGAUAGCUAGUUUGCUCGAUGAUGGUUUGAGGCCUUUGUACUGUUCACCUAAAUUCCAAAUAGUGUCAUUCAUGCCCCGUUCAACAGAAAUAUUCAGACAACUCAACGAUGGAGGGACCAUAUCUCUUCGAGACAAUGAGGUAAUGAACUGUUAA